CACAAACCUAAUCUUCUCAACUUUGCGACCUUCGCACUUCAAUUGCUUCUUGUUCGCUUUGUGCUGCAAGGGUCGGUCGCUGUCGCUCACUAUGGCUUAUAUGGCAAUGUCACUUCAUGCGGUCAACCACCGCCUGACCAAUAUCCCCGUCAAGCAGUUGCCUCCGCUCGCCUCAUGUCUCGCAGCUUCACUAAGUAAUUGCGGGGAGCUCUUGUCUACUCCGCAGAGCCAGAAGUCCAAGUCGGACUCGGACAAUGCGGUCCAGGUGCAUAAGCUUAUGACCCGACUGGCCAGUCUGCUGCAGGAUCGAAGCAUUGAAGGACGCUGGACAGCGGUGGUUCUUGUCAAGGCGUUGGUGGAAGCCGGUCAAUGGGAGGUUCUUCGUGGAUGCGAACCGUUCGUCCGCAGUCUUAUCGGGAUCUUGAACAAACCCGAUCCUGUUUCCACGAAGAAAAUGGCCAUCAUCACCUUGACAAGGAUCUUCCACCUGACCUACCAAUACCCGACCCUCGUCCGCGAGAUCACAACGCCGUCUCUUCCUGGAUUUAUCACUGCGGCCUUGAAUCUAAUUUCUAUCAAGCCAUCCUCUGAGCCUACUCGGAAGCUGAAGCCUAAUACCCCUUUCGUGGACAUUGUUCUCAAUUCAUUCGCGGAGCUGAUUGCAAGGCACCCGACAAUUUUCCGACCCUUCACGGCGCAGAUUCACAGUGUCCUCCAGGCCAUCAUUGGCUCGACUGAGCCCACGUAUCCCGAGCCAAUUUUGGAAAUUGCGCAGCAGCUGUUCGUCUCUCUGCAUAACUGCGCCCCGAAGAACACUUCCGGCGAAGAAUGGAAGAACGCCUGCCGGAUGACAAUUGCCUCUAUUCAUGCAACGUCCUCUUACGUCUUGAGAGCAGUCGUGGAACAGUGGGAGUCGGUCGACCCAGCGUUGCGCCAACUAUCCAUGCCGCAGAACUAUAGCCAGGAGGUAGGAAAUGGGCCUGACGCAUUGGGCUUGGGUAGCUGGCAGGGCCUGCCUGCCGGUGUCAAUCGGCUCCUCGUGCUUUUGCGCAUGCUUUCCAAGUUCCUGGACACCGCUACAGCAUCCACUGUGAUCAUUCCCCUGGGUUCGAUCUUGGAUCUUUGCGCACGCUUGAAUAUGGUGACGUACCCGUCUGACGGCGAGAUCCAAGCCAACCAGCAGAUCGGCCGAGCUGAAAGAGAGCACCUGCUUACGGAGCUGCCUCGCAUUCAUGCCGCUUGUCUCAGGCUACUCGUUGAUCUUGUCAAAUCAUUUGGGACGGCUGUCAUCCCUGUGGCACAGACCAUUUUGGAGCAAGCUCUUUGGGUGUUUCGUGCUGAAAAGUUCAGUCGGGAAGUCCGCACGGCCGUCUAUGACCUGCUGCGCGUCUUGCUACCCCACAUGGGUCCAUGCAUGACCAAACAAGGUGUCUCUUCUUUGACAGCGGUGCUUCGUACCUGCUGCCACGACCUGUUGCCCCCUCUGAGCACCCAGACUGCGGCUACGGAGAAGCCUGACCCCAAGUCGAAGUCGAAGUCCAGUCAGGCUACCGUGAACGCGGACUCCUUCUUGAACCCUGGAUUGAAGCCCGGGCGUCAGCUGAGCAGCUCUCCCACAUUUACAAACCUCAAACAGGCCUCAUCUGAGCUUCUCGUGGCUGUCCUGUCGCACACCUCGACCGAGCUCAUCACCCCAGCCCUGCGCGCGGAGAUCGACCGAACCAUCAUCAUGACCUCCGACAAGAACGCGAUGUUGGCUAGUGCUCUCAACCCCUUUGCUAACAUGCAAGGCCGUGGCGUAGGCACAAGCAUCAUGCCUUUCCUGGCGCGCAGCUAUCCCACCGAGAUGGAAGUGGAGGCUCUCAUUCGCCCGCGUAUGCCCGUCUUGAUGAACGGCCCCGGCGCCAAUGGCUAUAGCGUAGCCGAUGAUGAUGACGAUGAAGAAGAAGAGACGGACGCUGUGCUCGCGCCCCAAGCACCCACCGAAACGAGCGGCUUCCUCAAGCCCUCUGCCACCCCUAGUCUUCACCAGGAUAUGAUGGACGUUGAAAUGACCCCUUCAUCUUCCAGCCCCUCCCUAAACAAGAGGAGUUAUGCGCAGGAACCGGAGGUGCAGAGUCCUGCACCGUCCAUCGCGACGGAGGGCGCGCAGAGCAAAAAGGUCCGAGUUGAGUCUCAAGAAACCAAGGUCCCUGCUCAACCUUCGCUGGGUGCCGCUUCGCCUGCUACAUUCACGGGUACGGCUGCUAUCUCUGUUCCCGCUUCUUCCAUCACAGCAACCGCUGCUCCCAAGCCUGUUAUUUCGAUGACGGGACCUUCGGCUCCGGCCUCGGCCUCGGCGCCUCAGCCGCGUGCCGUUGUGGCCGCAGCCGAGACAGCGGGUGAUGAUGACAGUGACGAUGAAAUGCCCACCCUGAACAUCGAUCCGGAUACGGAUGACGAGGAGGAUGAGUAAACGAAGGAAGUAGCAAUAUUAGUUGGUCGGUUUAGGAUAGGUCACUGCACACUCGAG